CAUGGAAUGAGCGCGCUCCAAGUGCCGAGCGGGACUUCGACUUUGUUUUUUUUUUCUUGGCUCUUGUCUCGGUUGAUUCUGCACGCUCGCAGAUCUCUGAUUAGUAUUUGUACCGGUCCUUGCAGCAGGAGACCGCCCUCGAGGCGAAGGAGACUGCUGUCCGCCCCAGAGGUUGCCGAUAGUACUGCGCCUUGUUAGUGUUGGUGGUGCGAACUGCCGUGGGCUUGAGCGCAGUCACGUCAGCGCUGUGCUUGGACUUGUGUUGACGCACAACAAAGUUGCUGGACCCGUUGGCCGCUGGCAUCGCAGCGGCCUCGUCUGUGCCUUGGCGAAGUCUUCGAUAGUACAGCUCAACUGAGCCCAAUCUCGCCAUAUAAAAAGCCAGUCAAUCGGUAGUACAAAGCCAUGGAGGUCACUCCGACGCUGGACGAUGCUGAAGCUCUUCGGCAACUAAUGCUCGCGGAUGAACAUCUUAUGAUCUGUUUGUGUGGAGUGGACGAGGAGCACGAUGAAGAUGCCAGAGCGCUGCAGGAGGCUGUGCAGAAGAUCGUUCGAAUCAAGAAGCAGAUGGGGGGCAAUCACCAGAUCAGCCUCGCAAGAGUUCAGGGAUCGAGACUCAUUGUCGAGCAGGAGUUCACGAAAGAUGUCGAUACUUUGGUCGCAGCAGUGCCUGGAUUGCUUACCUCGGCUGUAUGUGAUUCCAUGGUGGACCUUGAUGCACUACUGGCCGAAGCUGCACGCUACUUCGGUGCCCAAAGGGAAAUGGAGCGCCAGGCCACUUCGUCGUUCCGCUUGCUGCUAGUCUAUAGGCAGGUGAAGAAGUGUUUAUCAUACAGAGUCCGUCGCUGCACGCCAGCCAGAGUGAAGUCGCCCAGGCGUUUAUCAAAGACCCUGUUUGUCAUUUGGACGUCAUCUACUGGCAUCAAGACGUCCCCGUUGAGGCAGCUCAGAACGUGUUCAACCAGUUCUGCGCUUACGACAACACGAACCUAUUUGCCAAGUUUUACUUCCUAGAAGUCGGGCAAUCACUCGAGCGGUUGCACCAGGUACGAUUCGGUUCAUGUUUAUUAAAACUCACGAUUCGCAUCGAGAGGCACGCACGAUUGCCAGCAGAAACGAGUAUAUCUAACAACUAAGCUGGUCGUUGAUGGCUGGCCAGGCACUCGUGCUGAUGUUGUCGCACCCAGCACACCGAAUGAGUCAAAAUGUUGCAGAACAGCUUCUGGGGUCGUGGUUUUCACCAAACAAAAGGAUCGACUCCCAGCAAGAUAAAUAGUUGAGCAGACCUGCUGUCGGUCCAUACGAAUGGAACCAGUCCGUCGUCACUAGCGAGGUUGGCGGCAGGCUGAAGAGUUCGCUAACACGAUGCGCCAUUACUGAUGCCACCAUUCCUCCCUUACGGAAUGUCUGCAAAAAAGUCCGAGAUGCCUUCGCUGUCGUCCAGGUUGAAACAAAAAUCUGGAUCGGUCUAAGCACAGCGCGUACAUGAUUAAUUGGACGGACCGAGCAGGCGCUGUAAAGCUAUGAGCUGGAUAAGAGUGUUCAAUACCUUUAACGGUGCAAGUUUGAAUAUUCCGCUGUCCGAGUCGUAUGAUCUCUGCUGCAGGAAAGAGGCAAACAGAAACGUAAGGAUAUAGCAAGAUAGCACAUCGGAGCACUCAGAUAUACUGACCUGGUCUAAAGGAGGUGCUGGGCUAUCAGGCGUUUCAAUUGCUCGAGCAUCCUUCGUCGCCUCGCUGGCACCGCCAGCCUCCUUUUCAUCCAUUCGUCGAACUAAAUACACAUCCACGGGUCCAUCUAACGAGACAGCAAUAACGGGUU